AUGUCUGCUGCAUCGAACCCGAACCCAAUGAACUGCUACGAAAUCCUACGCAUCCCCCCCAACGCAACUCUCAAAGACAUCAACAGUGCCUACAAAAGACUCGCGUUAAAGCACCACCCAGACAAAACAGGUGGAGAUGACACGAUAACCGAGUUCCAGAAGAUCCAACAAGCCGUGGAAAUCCUCCGUGACCAUUCUCGCCGCCAAAAGCACGAUGAGGAGCUCGCUCGACACGGCGGUAGACUCUACACGGGAUCAUCUGCUGCUGCAGGAGAAAGACAGUCGCAAUCUAGACCUAUGUUUUCCUCAGGCUACGCUGGAUGGAGGCCACAAGGUACGUGGCGAAGCCGCUUUCACUCCGCGUACUCGGAGAAAUAUAUGUACAGCUAUCGGCAUAGUGUGCAUAUGGAUCCGUACUCGAAGGAGUCGCAGGAAGAAAUGGCACGCUGUGCGAAGGAGAGGGAGAUGGAUGAGCGGAUUCGGAGGAAUAUGGAGGCGUUUGCGGAGGAUUUGGUGAAGGAGACGGAAAGAGAAUGGGGGAGGGAGGAAAAGAUGAAUAUGGGCGGGGGCUCGGAAGGGUUUGAAGAGGUUGACGAGGUGUGCGAUUUGUUUGAGAAGAAUGUGCAAGAAGAAGAAGAAGAGGAGGAGGAGGAGGAUCCUUUCGAUGAUCAUUGGUUUGUUACUGAGGAGAAUGCGGGUGAAGAGGUUGCAGAGGAGAAUACUGAGAUCGACAUCGAGGAUGAAGCAGAGGUUGAUAUCGACAUUGACGGUAAAGUUCCUGACGCCUACACCGACUCCAAACAUGACCCAGACAUUUGGGCUGGUCCAGGAGCUGAAGCUGACGCUGACGCUCAAGCCGGAGUCAAUGCCAAUGUUGAUGACUACCCUGGCAAUCUGAACGAAACAGAAGAGCAGAGCAAUACCGAGUACAUGACUGCCUCCCCGGGCAUAUUAUCCGACUCGCACUGGGACGACGACGACAUUGCGAGCGAUAGUUUCUCGGAAGCAAACCAAGCUCCAGGCAAAGCAGAAGCGUACUUUACCAACGAACCUGGGAGCGAAAAUGAUCUCGAACUCACAAAUCGUGACGAAGCCGAUAUAUUCUCCAGCGAGGAGAUAUCUGCGUCUGAAGAACCGACCAGCCAAACCGUUCCGGACACUCGAAACCGCUCCGAAACACAUGUCUCUUCCCACCUAGCUCCUUUCAUUCCAUUUUUUACCACGAAACUUGCCCACGCAAGCGGCAGAUACACACAGGAAGAUCUCCACACCGAGCUAAAGGGGAUGGUACUGGAGACCUUUUGCGGUUGGCUCGAGAGUCUCCGUAUUACAAUCCCAGGCGCGAGUCCCAGAGAAACAAACCAAAGUCCGCAUGAGUGCCUGCAUCGUGGAUUCUGGAUCAAGGAACUCGAUUGCGACGAGUGCGAGGCUUGUCAUAUGUGGAUGCCCCUGUAUACGCUUGUGUGCCCGGGCUGUGGAAUCAAGAAAUGUGUGGGAUGUAAAUUCAGUGGCGAGGAGUGA